AUGGAUUCACCAGUUCUCCUCUGCUACACCACGGCCCUGAUUAUUAUGUUCCUGCCGUUGAGUGCUUCCGACGACCGCCUUGUCCCCGGCAAGGCGCUAUCCCCUGGCACAACCAUCGUCUCUGACGGUGGCAUGUUCGCCUUGGGCUUCUUCAACCCCUCCAACUCCACUCCAGCCAAGCUUUACCUUGGCAUAUGGUACAACAACAUCCCCAAGCUCACCGUUGUGUGGGUUGCCAACCGUGAAAUCCCAAUCACCAACAACAAUCCCUCCACACCGAUGCUUUCCCUCACCAACACCUCCAACCUCAUCAUCUCCGAAGGUAAUAACAGUGGUCGUGUCCUUUGGACGACGGCCAACAUUACCACUACCCGGGCGGGCUCGUCUACCCCGACGGCAGUGCUUCUGAACACGGGCAACCUCGUCAUCCGGUCGUCAAACGGCUCCACGGUGUGGCAGAGCUUCGACCACCGCUCCGACACGAUCCUCCCCGGGAUGAAGAUUCGAAUCAGAUACAGCACACGAGGCACUACCGACCGUCUGGUAUCGUGGAAGGGGCCCGACGACCCCUCCCCAGGGCGCUACUCCUACGGCGUCGACCCGGACACGCCCCUCGAACCAUUCUUGUGGAACGGGGGAAGCUUGGUGGCUCGUAGUGCCCCAUGGACAGGGUACCAAGUGAAGAGCGUACGCAAACAACAGCAAGCGACCAUGAACGCUAGUGAUCUUAUUGUGUACGUAGCCUUCGUCGACAAUGGUGACGAGGUCUACGCCACAUAUAGCCUCUCGGACGGCGCGCCACCCUCAAGGUCAGUCCUUACCUAUUCUGGCGUGUAUCAGUUCGAGAGCUGGAGCAGCAAGUCAUUGGUGUGGGAUGUCAUUUCGAAGUGGCCGUCUGCUGAAUGCAAUGGCUAUGGCUACUGUGGCACGUAUGGCUACUGCGAUGAGACGUUGGCGCCAAUCCCGACUUGCAAGUGCCUAGAUGGCUUUGAGCCGACAAACAAGGAGGAGUGGUCCAGUGGCAGGUUCUUCGCAGGGUGCCGGCGGAAGGAGCUGUUGCACGGGUGCAGCGGUAGCUACUUGGCCUUAUUGGGGAUGAAGGCACCAAGUAAAUUUGCGCUCGUCGGAAGGGGCACAAGUACGUCUGAGGAGUGUGUCGCAGAGUGCAACCGCAACUGCUCCUGUGUGGGGUACGUGUAUCGCAAUGUCAGCAGCGGCAGGUCCGGAGGAGACACGACUAUGUGUUUGGUGUGGGCUGGGGAUUUGAUUGACACCGGAAAGAUAAGCGCAGACCUCGGAGGAGAGACACUCUAUCUCCGACUUGCAGAUACAAAUGCAGCAGGUAAAAGGAGAAAGAGCAACGCAUUCAGGAUUGUGCUGCCAGUUCUAAGCAGUGGUUUUCUUGUACUCAUAUGCAUAUAUGUUGCAUGGUUAAAAUGCAAAGUUACUUGUUCGAAGGUUAAUGUUUUUUAUAUUGUGGCAGCAAACAAGAACAAAAAAUGGAGUAUGCACAAGAAUAUACGAUUGGGUGGUAUGAAUGCCUGUAAUGAAUUUGGGGAAGAAACCCCUCCUCAUGAUCAAGAUUUUCCAUUCGUAAGAUUAGAAGAAAUUGUCCUCGCAACCCACAAUUUCUCCGAAGAAUGUCAGAUUGGACAAGGAGGAUUUGGCAAAGUCUACAAGGGAUUAUUAGGUGGUCAAGAAGUGGCAGUCAAGAGGCUAAGUAGAGAUUCUCAACAAGGAAUAAAGGAAUUCAAGAAUGAAGUAAUUCUAAUUCCAAAAUUACAACAUAGAAACUUGGUUCGACUUCUUGGGUGUUGUAGUGAGAGAGAUGAAAAGCUCUUGAUAUAUGAGUAUCUUCCUAACAAGAGCUUAGAUGCCACCCUAUUUGAUGACUCGAGAAAAUUGUUGCUGGAUUGGACAACCCGGUUUAAUAUAAUCAAAGGGAUUGCAAGGGGGCUUCUAUAUCUUCACGAAGACUCAAGGUUCACCAUAAUUCAUAGGGAUCUAAAAGCUGGAAAUGUUUUGUUGGACUCAUAUAUGAAACCCAAGAUAGCGGAUUUUGGUAUGGCGAGGAUCUUUGGUGAUAACCAGCAAAAUGCAAAUACUCAACGCGUAGUUGGAACAUACGGCUACAUGGCUCCUGAGUAUGCAAUGGAAGGUGUCUUCUCUACCAAAUCUGAUGUUUACAGCUUCGGCGUAUUACUACUGGAGGUUGUAACUGGUAUAAGGAGAAAUUCCAAUUGUGAAACCAUGGGAUUUUCCAGCCUUGCAGUUUAUUCAUGGAAUAAGUGGAACGAAGAAAAGACCAAGGAACUGCCAGACUCAUCUAUCAUAGAUAUUUCACCAGACGAAGUUCUACUUUGCGUCCAUGUAGCACUCUUGUGUGUGCAGGAUAACCCAGAUGACAGGCCACUCAUGUCAUCUGUUGUGUUCGUCCUAGAGAAUGGAAGCAGCACACUUACAUCCCCCAAUCGCCCUGCCUACUUUUCGCGACGAAGUACUGAAGUGGAUCAAAUAAGAGAAGAUAUUCAAACUUCCGUGAAUAGUUUUACUCUUACUCAGAUAGAGGGGCGAUGA